UGAAGACCUUGGCGCCAAGGCAAUCAACUCCUUUCCAACCCUAUGGUCCGUCCCACAUACGCUCAGUAAAGGCACUUGACGUUCGCGAUGGCGACCUCUCAACUCGAAAGACUCCCCACCGAACUGCUCGACGCGAUUCUUGAGCACCUCACCCGCCGCGGCCUCGCUCAUUUGUCAGCCUGCAGCAAGACGCUGCGACGGCGUGUCGAGCCAACUCUGUACAGAGGUCUUGGCUCAUGGAGAGAGUCGCGAGCGAUUUCUUGGGGCCUUGCACGCGGGUAUCAGACCGUGGUCAUGAAAGCCAUUACUUACGGAGGGGCAAUUCCGCGCCGUUGCUGCUACGUCUUCCUGGAGCUCCUCAAAAAGCGGCUCUUGCGUGUCUUCAGGAUGCUUUGGAAAAAGGGCUGCUGGUCGCCCAAGACCCCAACGUGGCACUACGGCAGCUGGCGGGGCGGCACCGUCUUCUUCAGCCCUCGGGUUAAGACCGACAAUCAUUGGCGCCUGUACUGCGAUUACGGUUGCUUGGAGGGUGCUGGUAUGGAGAUGAUCUCGUUGGCCUCCACGCCUGCAUGCCGGCCGUUUAUGAGGACCAUGCUCGAAUACCCGUCUACGUCAAUGCACUGUGGCGGCGUCGCGAUCGCAGACCUCUUCCUCGCAAACAUUCUGCAAAGGCCAGACGCCACGUUCGACCUGGUGCACUACGUGCUCGACCACGGCGCGAAUCCCUACCGCAUGCAAGGCACCCACCACGCCAGCAGCUGCCCCCUGGUCAUGGCCAUGUUGAACAGGGCCGAGCCGGAGAUCUUCGACCUCCUGCUCGCCCGCGGCGCCAGCAUCCACGGCCGGCGCUUCCAUCCUGGACCGGACAGGCCGUCGCACAUCCCGAUCUUCAUGGCCGCCCAUCUCAUGGCCGAUCUUGGCCUUGAACGAUCCUGGAUGCUCAAGUGUCUCAAGCACGGCGCCAUGAUCAACCACACAGCCUGCAUACUGCACCAGCAUCGUCGCGGGCGUGGCACAGACAAAACGGCCCAAAAGCACUACAUCGCCUUCCCGAUCUACGCAUUCCUCGACUCAUACAGCAAGUGGACAUUGCAACCCCCUUCCCCGAAGAUCGGACCCAUUGACGGCAUCAAAUUCUGGCUGGACAGGGGGGUUGUGAUCGGUGCAGACGGGAUACCCGACUCUGGCGGCACGGCGCGGCCAAUAUAUCGAGGGAUCAUGCUAAGACCGCUGGCGUGCUUCCUGAUUGACAAAUUUGGUAUCGGUAAGCUUGCCGAUGAUGACUUCUUCGCGGUCAUCAAGUAUCUGGCAGGUUUCGGCGUGGACAGCAACCACGUUCUGGACAUGCUGCGUGAGUCUCACGAGGAGUAUCUGCAAGCGUCGGAAGUCGUGCAGCAACGGUGGGAGGAGGUAUUGGGAAUGGUUGGCUUUGAUUAUGGCUUAUGGUCAGCGGCUAUCGCGUCGGAGAUCUGACAGGACUGACUAGCCUAGUCUUGAAGGAAGUCGACAUAGGCAAAAUGCCGAGACUGGACACCACCGUGCGCUGCCUGUUGGGGGCCACUCGGUUUAUCUAGCAUGGCGCCUGAAAAACAAUUAUGACAGUCGUAGCACUUCAUUUGACUCUAAUGGAAGC